AUGAAUGUCGUAGAUCAUGUGCGUGAUAUGGCCGCCGCCGGUCUACACUCCAACGUCCGGAUAAUGAGCAGCUUGUUGUUGACGAUGAGUAAUAACAACCCAGAGCUCUUCUCACCUGCCCAAAAGUACCAGUUGUUGGUUUACCAUGCCGAUGCCAUCUUCCAUGAUAAAGAGUAUCGUAAUGCUGCCUGUAAAUACAACAUGGCGCUGCAACAGAAGAAGGUGCUCAGCAAAACAUCCAAGGUUCGCACAUCUGCUGGUGGAGCUGCAGCAAACCUUCAGGCGCAAAGUCUUCCUUCAGAGAUUGAAGUAAAGUACAAAAUCGCUGAAUGUUACACUAUUUUGAAACUGGAAAAAGAUGCCAUCGCAAUGCUUGAUGGGAUUCCUUCUCGUCAGAGGACUCCUAAGAUCAACAUGAUGCUAGCCAACUUGUACAAGAAAGCUGGCCAGGAACGCUCUGCUGUGACGAGCUACAAAGAAGUCCUUCGACAGUGCCCCCUUGCCUUGGACGCAAUCAUUGGCCUUCUGUCUUUAUCAGUCAAAGGAGCUGAAGUGGCGUCCAUGACCAUGGAUGUUAUCCAAAGUGUCCCGAACCUGGACUGGCUCUCUGUUUGGAUAAAGGCGUAUGCCUUUAUACAUGCGGGGGACAAUCAAAGGGCCAUUAAUACCAUUUGUUCACUAGAGAAGAAGUCACUGUUGCGGGACAAUGUGGACCUCCUGGUGAGCCUGGCAGAUGUCUAUUUCAGGGCAGGAGACACCAAGAACGCCAUCCUCAAAUUUGAACAAGCCCAGAUGUUGGACCCAUAUCUCAUCAAAGGGAUGGAUGUAUACGGCUACCUGUGGGCCCGAGAAGGACACCUGGAGGACGUGGAGGUCCUAGGCGGACGACUGUUCAAUAUCUCUGACCAACAUGCAGAACCUUGGGUGAUUUCUGGUUGUCACAGCUUCUACAGUAAGCGUUACUCCAGAGCCCUGUAUCUGGGCGCCAAGGCCAUACAGUUGAACAGCAACAGUGUGCAGGCCCUUCUCCUGAAGGGGGCAGCGUUGAGAAACAUGGGCCGCGUCCAGGAAGCCAUCAUCCAUUUUCGAGAGGCCAUGCGCUUGGCCCCCUGUCGCCUUGACUGCUACGAAGGUCUGAUUGACUGCUACUUGGCAUCCAAUGGAAUCCGAGAGGCUAUGGGGAUGGCCAAUAACAUCUAUAAGACGCUGGGGGCCAACGCACAAACGCUGACCAUUCUAGCCACCGUGUGCCUGGAGGACCCCGUGACACAGGAGAAAGCCAAAACGUUGCUGGACAAAGCGUUGGCUCAGAGGCCUGACUACACCAAGGCGGUGGUCAAAAAGGCUGAGCUACUGAGUCGUGAACAGAAAUACGAAGAAGGGAUUGCGCUGCUUCGGAACGCCUUGGCCAAUCAGAGUGACUGCGUGCUGCACAGGAUGCUGGGAGAUUUCCUGGUUGCCGUCAACGAUUACCAGGAGGCUAUGGAUCAGUACAGCAUUGCGCUCAGUCUGGACCCCAAUGAUCAGAAGUCCUUAGAAGGCAUGCAGAAGAUGGAGAAGGAAGAGAGUCCCACGGAUGCCACGGUGGAACUGGACGGUGACGACAUGGAGGGAAGCGGAGAAGACGGCGACCUGGAGGGCAGUGAUAGUGAGGCUGCUCAAUGGGCUGAUCAGGAACAGUGGUUUGGUAUGCAGUAG